AUGGUUGGGAAGAAUCAAUUUAACCCCAAAACUGUCGUUUGUUUUAGUAAGAAAAAACGCCGCAUGGCUGAUCGCCUUUUAACCAAAACCGUUCGUCAAAUUAUUCCUGAAUCAGAGUCGUACAUGGAACUGCUUGAAGUGGAAAAGAAGCUUGACCUCGUUUUAAUGCGAAAACGGCUAACUUUACAGGAAUCACUCAAGCAACCACUCAAGACUAAGCGGAUCCUCCGAGUUAUGUUGAGUAGUACAUUCAAGCCUGGUAGCAUCGAUUCCAUUGGUCCUGAUGGGCAGCCCACCAAUGAUGGCUGUCCCCCUGGUUGGGAACUGAAAGUUGAGGGUCAACUUUUAGAAAAGCCUUCUGGCCAACCCAACGGCCCCCCUACAGUUGACACUAGAUUUCGUCGCAAAUUUUCUACUUUCUUCAAGUCUCUGGUCAUUGAACUUGAUCAUGAACUCUAUGGACCGGACAACCACUUGGUCGAGUGGCAUCGUACGUCAUCUACUACAGAAACUGAUGGAUUCCAGGUGAAGCGGUCAGGGGACAGCAAUGUGCGUUGCACCAUUCUCUUGAUGUUGGAUUACCAGCCACCUCAGUACAAAUUAGAUCCCCGCCUUGCUCGCAUCCUCGGACUUCAUACGGGCACUCGAUCGCAGAUUUUUUAUGCCCUCUGGAACUACAUUAAGGUUCACAGGCUACAAGACUCACACGAAAAGGACUUCAUUAACUGCGACGCCUACCUGGAGCAGGUCUUUGGUUGUGCUAGGAUGCGUUUCGCAGAAAUCCCCAGUCGUUUGAUUCAACUGCAACAGGCUCCAGACCCCAUUGUUAUCAAUCAUGUCAUCGUGAACGAUCCUGAGGACCCCAAUAAGACUCUGUGCUACGACAUAGAAGUAGAAGUUGACGAUGCGUACAAGUCAAUGGUGCAAAACUAUCUUCAAAACACUCAGUCAAAUCAGGAGUUAAUGGCUAUUGACAACAAAAUUCAUGAGUUGGUGGAACAGAUAAACCAGAUGAAAGUGCAUCGGGAGUUUUAUCUAGAGUUCAGUCAAGAUCCUCACACCUUCAUAACCCGCUGGCUGGCGAGCCAGUCGCACGACCUGCAGCAGAUGACUGACGCCACACCGGGACAUCCAGAGCAGGAACGCCACGCGGACUUCUACGACGCCUCCUGGGUGUACGAGGCCGUGAAGCGCUACCUCUAUAAUCGGGUUUGUCUCCUUCCCAUUUUAACCUUACUUUUACCUCCUUUACCACCUGACCAACUCAACCAUUGUACCGGAUCUCUGUCGAGCCCAUAA